UUAGGGAUUAAUUAUUUUCUUCAAAAUGUCGAAGAAGUGGAAGAAGAAGGGAUUAUUAGGGAAAUCAAUGUGCGGGGCCGAGCAAGAACGAGAGAUCGAUCAAAUAACGAGAAACGAAGGUAGUCAUUACAGUCUCGACGGUAGUCAUUACAGUCUCACCGGAGGAAUCCUGCCGCCGCUAGGCGCCAAUGGACAAAGUAAUCGAAGAUUAAAACUCCGUCGUCGUACAAUAUCGCCAUUCGAUUACAAUUACAGAGUUUGGGAAACGUUUCUGAUAUUUCUUGUAUUGUACACGGCGUGGGUUUGUCCGUUUGAGUUCGGGUUCAUACCUUCGCCAAAGGGACUUCUUGCUGCAAUCGACAAUAUAGUGAAUGGAUUUUUCGCGAUUGAUAUAGUAUUGACAUUCUUUGUGGCAUAUUUGGAUAAAACAACAUACCUGCUGGUGGAUGAUCGGAAGCUGAUAGCACUGAGAUAUGCGAAAUCAUGGUUGGUAUUGGAUGUAGUGUCAAUUAUCCCAUCGGAAGUGGCUCGUGCUAUUCUUCCUCCUUCGCUUCAGGCUUAUGGAUACUUCAAUAUGCUUCGUCUAUGGCGUCUUCGAAGAGUCAGUUCCAUGUUCGCCAGGUUAGAAAAGGACAAGAACUUCAACUAUUUCAUGGUUCGAUGUGCUAAGCUUAUAUUUGUGUGCCUGUUCACGGCUCAUUUUGCCGCGUGCUGCUUCUAUCUAAUAGCUGCAAACUAUCCAGACCCAAAAGAGACAUGGAUAGCCUUGUCCAUAGAUGACUUUUAUACAGCAAGUUUGGGGAGACGUUAUGUUACGGCCAUUUAUUGGUCAAUUACCACAAUCACAACCAUUGGCUAUGGCGAUUUGCAUCCCGUAAAUGAACAAGAAAUUACUUUUACCGUCUUUUACCUCUUCUUUAUUCUCGGCUUGCAAGCUUAUCUCAUCGGAAAUAUGACUAACUUGAUCGUCCAUGGCACAAGUCGAACCAGGAAAUUUAGGGACACCAUCCAAGCAUCCUCGAAUUUUGCCCAUAGAAAUCAGCUACCUGUUCGACUUCAAGAACAGAUGCUUGCUCAUCUGUGUUUGAAAUUCAGAACUGAUUUAGAGGGAUUACAACAACAAGAGACAGUUGAUGCUCUUCCAAAAGCCAUCAGAUCUAGCAUUGCCCUCCAUCUCUUCUAUUCACUUGUUGAUAGAACUUAUUUGUUUAAUGGAGUAUCAACAGACUUGAUCUUUCAACUGGUAACUGAAAUGAAGGCAGAGUACUUCCCUCCCAAAGAAGAUAUCAUCCUGCAGAAUGAAGCACCAACAGAUUUCUAUAUCAUUGUCACUGGCGCUGUGGAUCUUAUUACACAAAGACGUGGAAUGGAAGAGAUCGUGGGUGAAGCAAAAAAAGGAGAUGUCGUCGGUGAGAUAGGUGUGCUUAGUUAUAAACCGCAAUUGUUUACAGUCCGAACAAGCCGUUUGAGUCAAUUGUUGCGUUUGAAUCGCACCACGUUUUUUAACUUGGUACAAGCAAGCGUUGGGGAUGGGGCAAUAAUAAUGAACAAUCUUCUUAAGCACCUGAAGGAGAUAAAAGACCCCAUGAUGGAGGAAAUUUUGCAAGAAGCAGAACAGACAUUGUCUAGGGCCAAAAUAGAAAUGCCUCUCAAUUUAUACCAUGCUGCCGACAGUGGUGAUGAUUUAUUGUUGCAUCAAUUGCUAAAGCGGGGUUUGAAUCCAAAUGAAGUAGAUACCAGAGACGGGAAGACUGCACUUCAUAUUGCAGCAGCCAAAGGAAAAGAACACUGCUUAGCUCUACUCCUAGAGUAUGGAGCAGACCCGAACCAAAGAGACUUUGAAGGAAACGUACCCGUCUGGCAAGCAAUACAAGGGAAGCAUGAGUCCAUAGUCAAGGUUCUAAUGGACAACGGUGCCAAUAUUUCUUCAGGCGACGUUGCUCAGUUUGCUUGCACUGCUGCAGAGAAAAACAGUCUAGAUAUGCUCAAAUCCAUCAUCCAUUGUGGUGGAGACAUAACGCUACCAAGAAGCAAUGGGACAACAGCUCUUCACAUGGCAGUAUGUGAAGGAAAUAGUGAAACCGUAAAGUUCCUUUUAGAUCACGGGGCUGACAUUGAUAAGCCAGAUGUUAAUGGAUGGACUCCUCGAGGAUUGGCAGAUCAUCAAGGCCAUGAAAAGAUAAAAGAACUAUUCUCUGUCAAGCAAGCUGGUCAAACAUCAGCUGCUGUCCGUAUUCCCCAAAAUCCUGAAUCGAAAUACGUACAGAAGUUCCCGAGCGAAUCAAGCAUGCCACCGCGAAUUUCUGAAAACUCCUGCCCCACUCCUAUUCGAGAAUCGUUUUUUUCUGAUAGGCCACCAAGAAGGAGGAGCAAUAAUUUUCAGAACUCACUAGUGGGAUUCAUGACAACUAACACAGGUGAAAGGGACAUUCUACAACGCGCAUCACUCAGUUAUAGCAAUAGCCAAAGCAUGAGAAUGACUUACCAGCAAAGAGUUACUAUCAGUUGCCCUGAAACGGGAGACAUUUCUGGAAAGCUAGUGCUUUUACCCAAAUCCAACCAAGAACUACGUGAAAUAGGUUCCAGAAAAUAUGGGAUUUCUAUAGCAAAGGUUUUAACUAAAGAAGGAGCUGAAGUUGAGGAUACAUACCUUAUCAGAGACGGCGAUCACCUCGUACUUGUUGGUGAUGCAGGUACUAGUCAACAAAAAUUGUAGAAUUUGUUACAAAAAAAACCCACCUGAGUUGCUGCUUGCUCGGACUAUUGCAUUGUACAAAUGUAUACUUUGUUAUUCUUUUUCCCCCAUCUUUUGUCUAGGACUUCAAGUCAAACAAAUAACAUUCAAUAUUUUGUAUGUUCGUACUUUGCACAAUCUGGAUAUUUCAUAGUCUCA